AGUCGCUCCAGGGCGCAGCUGCUGACCUUGUUCACCACCACCAUUACCAUGCUUCCCAGCCUUGUUUCUGCCAGGGCUCCUCAUGCGUUCAUUCUCCGAAUUGGCAAUGGUACCCUGCUCGACACGCUCAAGAACAUCUUCAUUGCUUAUUUUCUCGUCAAGCGCACGCUCAAGAUCUAUCGCCACCUGUGCGCUCGCGGACUCUCACAGACACUUUAUGAUUUUUGGAGAUGGGUUUCCCAGGAAACACUGUUGCUCGCGCUUCACCUCCCUGCGGCCCGGAAAAGGGUCAAUGCGGAGCUAAUGAAAGGUCGCCUUCAAAUCGAGAAGGGCUUGAUACCCGAGGGCCCUUCGGUACGUCGACACCUUACGCUUCCGGAGCACGGACAGAUGCCGCAGUGGAUCACCGAAGAAAUGGACCGGAUGGAUAGUGAGGCAAAUACCCAAGCAGAUUGGCGAGAGGGCAAGGUGUCUGGCGCUGUAUACCACGGUGGUGAUGACCUUACUCGCGUCAUCCUCGCCGCCAUUGCGCGAUAUGCGCUGUCCAACCCACUGCAUCCAGACGUCUUUCCUGCGGUGCGCAAGAUGGAGGCCGAGAUUGUUUCCAUGUGUUUGAAUAUGUACAACAACCCGAACGGUGCAGGAACGACGACAAGUGGAGGGACUGAGUCGAUCAUCAUGGCCGUCAAGACGUAUCGCGACUGGGCACGCGCAGUUAAAGGGGUCACAGAACCCGAGAUGAUCGUGCCAGUGACGGCGCAUGCGGCGUUCGACAAGGGCGCAGCGUACAUGAAUAUCAAGGUACAUACCAUCCCUGUCGAUCCUGGUACGCGCAAGGUCGACCUCAAACACGUUGCGCGAGCUAUCAAUUCCAACACCAUCAUGCUCGUCGGUUCUGCGAUCAAUUUCCCUGAUGGUAACAUGGACGACAUACCUGCACUCGGCGCUCUCGCCCAGCGGCACAAAAUUGGACUGCACGUUGACUGUUGCCUGGGGAGCUUCAUCAUGCCCUUCCUCGAGGAGGCAAGCUUCGGACCCAUACCGCUCUUUGACUUCCGGGUACCCGGCGUGACAAGCAUCAGCUGCGACACUCAUAAGUAUGGAUUUGCACCGAAGGGUAACUCGGUGAUCAUGUACCGCGAUGCAGAGUUGAGGCGUUAUCAGUACUAUGUCAACCCGGACUGGGUAGGUGGCGUAUAUGCUAGUCCGAGCAUUGCAGGCUCCCGACCAGGAGCACUUAUAGCAGGAACAUGGGCAGCAAUGAACUACAUGGGGCGCGACGGAUACCUGACAUCGUGCAAGUCCAUUGUCGGUGCCGCACGCACCAUCGCGCACCGCAUUCGCACCGAGAUACCUGAGUUACGGGUGUUAGGCGACCCACCUGCAUCCGUAGUGGCUUUUGCGUCUGCAGACGAGAAGGCUUUGAACGUGCACGAGGUCGGCGACAAGAUGGCAAAGAAGGGUUGGCAUUUGAAUGCGCUGACUGGUCCGCCAGCGCUCCACAUCGCGGUGACGCGCUUGACUGUCCCGAUUGUCGAUCAGUUCAUCGCGGACUUGAAGGAUGCCGUUCGGGACGCGAAGCUCGAACCAUCUGGAAAGGGGACGAUGGUCGUGCUUUACGGUCUCGGAACGUCGAGCCCGGUGGGCCCGACGAUGGUCGGGCAUCUCGCAACGGCGUUCUUGGAUACGCUGUACAAGGCAUAGUUUCCGAGGUGCCGCCGGUCGUAUCUCACCAUCCAAACUUCGCUUCGCUGCUGCCAUAUGGAGGCGUGCAAUCAUGUACCGGCCUAGACUAUCGUUAUUGUACAUCCCAUUAUCGAUGACCUGGGCUACUCUGGAGCAUUGGGAUGGACUGUUCAUGGGCAUGCUAUGCCAUGUCAGCGUUUGAUGAGAAUCAGUUUGGC